GGCUGUAUACAAGGUGGUGCACAAGGCGAGCAAUUUGGUGUGCACGAUGAAGCUGGUGUCCAGCGGCCUAUUCACCCGACACAAACAGGCAUGCGUCGACAAGAUCGUUGCCUCCAUUAUUCGAAGUCCGUUCCUCGUUCGAUACUACUGCUGCUACGUCACAAAGGACGCAAUGGUGACGGUUAUGGAAUACAUCUGCGGCGUGGACUUGAUGAGAGUGUGCGACAAGGCUGGUUAUCUGGCCACCAAUGAGAUUCGCAUAGUAACGGCACAGCUGAUCCUCGCGGUAGAGCAUCUUCAUCUACGUGGAUUCUUCCACAGGGACAUCAAGGUAUCAAACAUGUUGAUAAUACCUGGAGGUCGGGUUAAAGUGAUCGACUUCGACACAAAUAAAGAAUGUAUUGGACACUUUUCCAGAAGGUGCAUGAAAGGAUAUUUCUUGAAAACGGCCUUCGAGUACAACGACGGCGAAUGUGCGGGAACAGUGCCUUACAUGGCACCGGAAAUCCUGAAGAGGAGACCAUACGGACGGGCUUGCGACUGGUGGUCCGUUGGGUGUACUUUCUUCAAGAUGAUGACGGGUCACGUGCCCUUUCGAGGCGACACCAAGGAAGACUUGCGGUCCAAGAUCAUGAACGCGCCUCUUAAGUGGCCACCAGUUGACCAGCAUCCACUGUCUGCCACACCAGAAGCAAAAGACAUGGCGUUCAAGAUGCUGAAGAAGAACCCGGUCGAGCGUCUGGGUUCCAACCACUACGCUGACAUUAAGAACCACCCGUUCUUCGCCCGAUUCAACUGGAAAAGGCUUUCAGCGACACGAGACCUCUGUGAGAUCCCGGCCAUCCAGGAGAUUAUGGGUGGCGAUAAAACCAAGAAGGCGUUGGAACAGCAUCUGACUGUUGAAGCUUCGACCUCUGCCAAGAAGAAGCAAUUGCUGAAGGUGGAAAACAUGGUCGACGUGGACGCUCAGAGCCAGCUACCUCUCUACACCUACAUGUCUCCAAGCUUCAAGAAGCUCGUGACUGAGUGUAAGAAAGGUCCAAUGAAGGUCAACCCGUCGUACAUGAAGACAGCCAGCGGUGACUCAGAAGAAAUGGAUUACCGAAAAGCGUCAGACACAGAUGUUGCUGUUGGUAUCAGCCUUUAUGCAAAGCCAUCUGAAACAACGGACAAGUCCCCGAUUGCCAAGGAAAAGAUUGACGUGAUGCUCUUCAGAGAGAGGACCAUGGGAAAGUUCUGGGGCUUCGGCGUCACACUAUGUAAAGUCCUCGGGGAACAGUCCAAGCCGUUUUUCUUGGUUGAGAAAGUUAAACGAGGCAGCCCAGCGGAGGCGUCCCACGUUCUGGAGGGCGACGUUGUCGUGGCCGUGAACGGCAGGGACGUCAGUGCCAUGUCCUUGCCGCAGGUGAAGGGCUUGAUCGAGGGUUCUGACGACCAGGUGGUGUUGACUGUCUUAUCGUCGAGUGCCUUCCGACUGCUCGAGUCUCGAAGAGAUAUGGACGAGAUUUUGAGGACAGUCGAUAAGCAGACCCUCACACUCCGAGCCAUUGCGUCCACAUGCGGCGGGGCUGGCAACUAUGGAUUCAAGACCUUCGAGGCGAAGGCGUGGAACGAAAGGCGGAAGGCGCUCGUCCAUUGCCACGUUAUCAACAAGAUUGAAGGAGCGCAGGUCCUGACUGCAGGAAAAGCAAUCUACCAGGGCGACAUCUUGACCAUGGUGGACGGACAGCCGGUGGACAAUCUGGAUGCGUACGGCGUGAAGGCAGCCCUCGCCAGUGGAAAUAAGCCUGAAAUGUCCAUAACGGUCGCUGCCAUCUCACCCUUGCGUAUCAAGCGUCCUUCCUUCACAAGAUUACACGAGACUCUUCGCAUGUAGCUGGCCACUAUGGUAUUGGCAGUGUUAUUGUUCGUCUACGGAUUAUGUGUUACUUGAGCAGUGAAUGACGUAGUAUAACACUAAAUUAUAGUAAACUUGACACUAUAUACUAAAUGACAUUCGUCACUCGAUUGUGGGUUUCGGCUCUUGAAAGGUGCGGUAGCUCACCUUUAUUACCUGGCUCUUAAGCCAGUGACCUUCGGGAAAUAAGCUUUAAUCGGAUAAUAGGGAUGAUAGAGAUGAGGAUAAUAGAGAUGGCAGUGUGUAGGAACAGCUCAUUUGUAUAAUGUGUUAUUGAUAUAGCCCCGUUUUGAGGAUAAAUCCGACUGAAUGAAGAAAUGGGGAUAGCAAUGAUAGGCUAGUUCGUGAUCACCAAUAAAAAAUUCAUUACUGUCUCA